AACUGAAUUGAAUUACAAAAGAGCAGCCAGAGCGCAGAAAGCAAGUCGACGACGAAGACGACAUACGAAAAGGCUGGCAGGCUGGCAAAGGCAGGCUUUUGGCCAGAGAAAAAAUUUUGAAAAAAGAGAUAAAACUAAACAAAAUUUUCUACCUUAAAUUAAUAGUAAAAAUAUGUAACCAAUCACAACGUUAAGCUUAGCGAAGUACGGAAAAAAAUGGGAGUGCAAGUUUUCGGUAAUAAAAAAAGUAAAGAAGUGUGAAAAAUUGCUGCGGAAAAUAUACAUAUGAAAAAUUCCCCCAUGUGAAGUAUCGAAGGCAUACAUAUACCGACACACAUAAGUGAACGCAUACACAUAAAUAAGUAGUUGAAAGGAAUGUGCUGAACGUGUUUAUAUGUAACUGUGGCAGUUUGCAAUGUGCAGUAAAAGCUUUAAAAUAAAAUUAAAAUAAAAACAAAAACUAAAAAGAGAACAUCAUUCAUAGGGAAUUUUCUAAUUUUUAUACGCGAAAAAUGUAUUCAUAAAAAGUGAUCAAAAAAAUUUCAAAGCAUACUUUGUGGCGUUUUAGUGCAGUUGCCUGAAGCACAAAGCAGAUAAGCAAAAGAAAAUACACGCAUACAUACACACACAAACAACUGCCAGUGCAGUCGCCGUGAGUACAAAGGAUAUCAGGCAUUUAGGGGACGCAGGCACACAUACACAUACACACACACACACCCAAACACACUGACGCAGCUAUAACAGGGCAACGAACGAAACACAAAACAGGAAAGCCGCACGCAAGUACGAUAUACAUACAUACAUAUAGCAAAAGGCACAGGCGAAUCAACGACCAACGUUCAACAGUACGUAUGAGUAAUCUGGAAUUGUCAGCGGAAUUGAAUUAAAAAUUUUGAAGCAGUUGGCCGGAAGGCGCAUAGUUCAAUGGCAUGCAAGGCGGAUCAACAUUUCGGCGGGUGCUGGCAUUGUUGUUACUGUGGCGAGGUGUUUUGUUGUUGUUAGCAGGCAAUGCGGUGGCAGCAAUAACGAGAACACGAACAACCGCAACCACAGCCACAAUCCCAGCGUCGUUGAGACAGUCACAUGCAAGUGCAACAGCCCGGCACACACAGAGAACAACAAAGCAAAACGAACGUGCGGUCAGAGAGAUAUAGCCCGCUAGCUGGCAACACUGGCGACGACUAGCAACGACAACUAUUAGUGUGAGCUAACUGAGCAGAAGAAGGAGGUGCAGGCGGAGGAGACGAAAAGCAAGCACCAGCAGCAGCAAAAGGAAGGAAGCAAGGAGACAAAUAGCGGAAAUUGAAGUAUCGUAUAGUCAGGAAGUGGUACAAGAGCAGCAGCGGAACUUGUGUGUAGUGAAAGGCAACAAAGGCACAAAUUAAAGGAUAACUAAAAGAAAAAUUAAGAUUUUUACCGAAAAAAACACCAAUCAAUUUAAGAAAACUUUAACAAAAACAAAAAAAAAAAACAAGUCGGCCACAAACAAGUCGGCCACCUCUAUUGAGAAAGCAAAAAAAUCAGAGCUGUUAAACUGGCACCACCCGUGGUACUGUCCGCCUCGAAUACGAUAACAAUUGAGACAACGACCUCAACAUCGUCACCGCAGCACAGCCUCAGUGGUGGUGGCGUCGUCGGCGGCGGCAGCAGUGCCAAUGUCUGUGCCAGCUUGGCCAGCAUUGGCAUUGGCAGCACGCUCUGCAGCAGCGGCGACAGUGGCAUUUCCUCGUCGACGCCAUCGUUGGUCUCGCAACUCUCACCACCGCCCACCAUAAUAUGCAGCAUGCCCGCAUCUUCGAUCUCGAACAACAUCGCCAACGCCAUGACACCCAUCAGCAGCAGCGUGUGCGCAGCGGUUAGUAGCAGCGCAAUAGCGGCUGGACGCUGUAGUCCUAUCAUAAGCGGUAGCUACGCCGCGCUCACCAAUGGGCUGGCGGCCAUUUCGGUAUCCAGUCACUCGGCCAACACAUCUAUUUAUGGCUGUAGCAGUGGAGGCGUUAGCGGCGGCAGCGCUAAUACCAGAAAAUCGUUAAGUCCACUACAAAGUCUCUCCAUCGGGGGCAGUCUUUCUUCCUAUGGUGGUGGUGGUUGUGGUAGCAACAGCAACAGCAGCAGUGGCGGCGGCGGCGGUAUAGGCAGUUGUAUAGGCAGUAGUGGCGGUGGCGGCAGCAGCACAGCUGGUCUCUCCCUACUCACCGGCAGCAAUAGUCACCUAACUAGCAUUUCGCCCGCACUAAGCACCAGCACACCGCUUAGCAGCGGCUUUGGGUGCAGCAAUAGUAUGAGUGUCGUCAGUGGCGGCAAUAAUGCAUCGAGCUACUUGAGCAACAUGAAGUUGCUUGGUCCCGCCUCUAUUGAUUUGGGCACCACACCGCUGACGCAUCGCAACUAUAGCACCAUUAAAGGCUUUAGCUUUCGACGCAGUUUCGAUGACAAAAUCAUAUCUCCAUUGAGCGUCAAUAGCAGCGGCGUUAGCACUGCUGUCAGCGUCGCUGGUAGUGGCAUUGGCAUGUGUGGCAGCAAUAUUGGCGGCAUUGGCAGCGGCGGCGCUGGUAGCGGCAUUGGCAGCCAUAGCACCUACUUGACACACCAUCACUUCCAUACACACUUCCACCAUCAUCCAACGUCCGCCGGCAUGCAGAAGCAAUCGUCCAUUGAUCGUCACACGGGUGGCGGCGGCGGCGGCGGCGGUGGUGUGGGUAUAACUCAACACGGGACACACUAUCCACUCACUACGUCGCAGUCGUCGACUAAGCUCUCGUAUCGCGAUGAUUUUCUCCAGCAGAUUGGCUAUUUGCCGACAACGCGCAUCUUUAACACCAGCAUCGAUGAGGACCGACAGCAGGACUUUUUGUCGUUGUCCAUGUCGCCACCAUUGAAUCGUCGCCGAGAUAUGCCGGCGUUGCGUGGCAUCAUUAGCCUUUCCGAGCCUCGGGGCACAAUGAGCACCACAGAGGAAAUUUAUCCUGAUUCACCGGAUAGUAGCCUAUAUGGUUCGGAUGAGGAGCAGGAAGAUCCGUCACAAUAUUGUCGGGGAGUNUCCGCUAGAGAGGAGAAAUACGUCGCCCUUAAGGUGGUUAAGAGUGCACCGCAUUAUAUCGAAACUGCUGCCGAUGAGAUACGUCUGCUCGAAGCCAUACGCGAUGCGGAUCCACUCGAUAUGAAACGUGAACGUAUCGUACGACUGCUUAAUCACUUUACGAUACGUGGCGUUAAUGGCAAGCACUAUUGCUUGGUUUUCGAGGCGCUUGGUUGCAGCUUGUACAAAUUGAUUGUGAAGAAUAACUAUCAGGGCUUAGCCAUUGGGCAAGUACGCAACAUUAUCAAACAAGUGCUGGAAGGACUCGACUAUUUACAUACGAAAUGCAACAUUAUUCACACGGACAUCAAGCCAGAGAACAUAUUGCUGGUGAUCGAUAAUGAGUCGGUGGUGAAUCAGCAAAUUGACGAUGAGAUAGCAAGCUUGCGCGUGAAGGGUGCAGACUUCCCGGAUUCAUAUAUUAGUUCCAUUGAGAAGCAAGCGAAGAGCCGCAACAAAUGGCCACUUAUCGAUACGAAUGCCUCGACGACAAACAGCACGGGCACAGCUAAUAAUUCCUCCACUUCAUCCACACCGCUGCCCAACACUGCUGUGGCUGCGCUCUCUAUGACCGGUGCAACAAUAUCGGCGCUUAGUAAGGACGAUACGAAUUCGACAUUGAAUACAAAUACCACCACCUCUUCGUUAACAUCUAAAUACUCGUCCAGUUUGAUAGGCGAAAAUGAUGGCUUAGGUGGUGUUCGCACGGGUACAGACAGUCCUUCAAUCGGCGGUGGCGGUUCAACUUACACGACAACGGGCAAUAUGAAUAAUCGUUAUCGAGCGGAGAAGAAAAUCACUGCCAAGUCGGUCGAUGGUGACGGCAAUAUUGGUGACACAACAACCAUACCAACAACAACAACAACUACAACUACCACCGAAGCAAUCAAUGGCAUCGAAAUAUUAAGUUUAUUAAGUACAAAAAGCGAAAAUAUCGACGUAAAUAAUGCGUCGUCUCCAAUUACUCAAAAAAAUACCCAACCACAAGAAAAAGCACAAGCACCACCAAAACAACAACAACUAUCACACCACCACCACCAACAACAACAACAACAGUUACUACCAACACCACCAUCAUCAUCAUCAUCGGCACCCACAUCACAACAAGCACUUUCACUAGCUUUACCAUCAACACAAGCACAAUCAGCAUCAAUACAACAACAGCAACAACAACAACAACAAGCAACAUCACAAAAUAACAACGAAGAUGUUAAAAAUAGCAAAAAUGCCGAUACCGAAAAGGUAACUUUGCUCACCUUCUCUAAAGUUCUUUGUAGAUAUGUACAUAUGUAA